AUGGGCGGGACCUUGAGGCCCGCUGCUCACGUAUUCCAGUCAGAGAGACAGGUUUUUGUCCCUCACAUCGUGAUGAGGCCUGGAGCCUUGCCAAAAGUAUGUGUGACUCAUCAUCGAAGGAAAAAAAACUUAAAAACCCUGAUCUUGCACUUCGUUCAAGGGCUUCCCCCUCGCCCCGGGCGACGACCGGACCCGAAUCCUAAUCUAUUUUUGUUCUCUUUCCCGUUCCGCGUAGACCUGUCGGAGUGUCAGCUGAUGCAGGUCCCGGACGCCGUGUAUCACCUGCUCCGCAACACCCGCCUGUCGGAGUGCGACCUUUCCAACAACGCCAUCGGGAAGCUCCAGGCCAAGUUCCCGCUCAAAUUCAACGCGAUCACGAGUCUGUCGUUGAGCCACAACAACCUGGGUACCCUGCCCGACGACAUGUCCCAGUUGUCGGACCUGACCCGGCUGGACAUCUCUCACAACGCCUUCACGGCCCUGCCGAGAUGCAUCUUCAAGAUGCCCAGCCUCCGCGUCCUCCUCGCCAAGAAGAAUUUCAUCACCGACGCGGAGUCGGAGCGACUGGGGCGCCGCCCGCACCUGGAGGAAGUGGAUCUGACGGAGAACCCGCUGACGAGCGUGAGCCUGGGCGGGAUCGCGGGGAUCCCGAAGCGGAUCACGGUGCACGUCAGUCCGUCGCCGGUCAGCGAGGAGGACGAGGAGGAUCUCGCCGUGUGACGGAGGAGGCGGUCGUCUGCUCCGCUCGGCGGUUCUUCCCGCUCGUUUCCCCAUCUCUCCGUUCGAAUGGCAGCCGGGUACGUGCGAGUGCAGGUACAGGUACCCGACGGGUUCGUCGGUGUUUCCGCCGGAGGCGGUCGUGCGAUCGUGGUUCCUCGGAAGGGAUUGGAUCUUGACGUUUUUGUGAUGGAUUAACUUAAUCCGCGUGGAGUGUCAGCAGCUCUUUGAUGGUCUUUCUCUCUGUUUCUUCUCCCCCCCCGCCACAUUCGAGUUCUGGCUCUGAGACGUGAAGAAUCUAGUCAUCAUGAUACGAGGCCAACCAUCCGACCGUGUCGAAAAAAAAAAAAAAAAAAAUUCACCGGUGCCUUUCUCGUCAUUAUGUCGCUUUUUUUUGUACUAAACGAAUCGUGGGAUGCGAGCGUCGGCCUUCGACGUCUGGUGACGAUCGAAGAAAGUGCUUUUUAAAGUCUCGAUGUUUCGAUUUUUUCUAUCCCUUAUUUUCAAGGGAUUCCUUUUUAUGUGUGCAUCAUCGACGAUUCGUAAAUAAACCCUCCUUUGUAGA